GUGUUUUCAUAAUGCAUCCACGUAAAGCAUUUCCACUUUGUAAGAGAAUUAAAUACUUUUCCUAGAGGUAGAGUCAUGGAUAGUGUUAAAUUUAAAUUGUGGCUAUUGUUUAGAGACCCUAGUUAAUCUAGAGUCUCUAAACAAUACCCAUGACUUCAAUUUAUUUUACUCCUGAAAUCUAUUUUCAGAAUAACUUUGCUCAAGGAGGAGAAGAAUGAAAAAUAAAAAGAUGGAUGAUUGUUCCCCUGGGAAUUACAGCAUAACUGCAGAAGACCAUGAAUAACUACAGUGUUUCACUGGUGGGUCCAGCUCCUUGGGGGUUCAGACUCCAAGGUGGGAAGGACUUCAACAUGCCUCUCACUAUCUCUCGAUUGAGCGAUGGAGGCAAAGCAGCGAAUGCAAACGUCGGAAUAGGUGAUGUGGUCCUUAGCAUUGAUGGGAUAAGCGCGGAAAGUAUGACUCAUCUGGAAGCACAAAACAAAAUAAAGACCUGCUCGGGAAACCUGAUUAUGAAUCUGCAAAGAGCACCUGCAGCGCCAAAGCCAGAUCCAAUUCCUGUGCAACAGGUAGAGCCAAAGGACCUAAUUAAGCCUGUGCCCAUUGCAUCUCCGGCUGUGUCCAAAGUUACAUCCACAACCGGCAUGGCCUUCAAUAAGGCUCCUAGACCCUUUGGAGCUGUGUCCUCCUCCAAGGUCACUUCCAUCCCAUCACCGUCAUCUGCCUUCACGCCUGCCAGUGCCAGUCUUCCAUUACAUGCUUCCCCUACACCUCUGCCCUCUAUCACGCCUCCCCCGUUCACUGCCUCAGGAGCGCAUGUUAACCCCAAAGCUAACGCUGAGCAGCGUUGCCAUGUGCCGAGUGCUGCAAAGCCUACCGUUAAUACCCCAUGGCAAUCCCCACACAGUGCACCGUUCAGCGAAAGGGCCCCAGAGGUGACCGAGGGGCAGCGAAGUGCAUCCAGAGAGAACCAGGGUGACAGUAAACAACAAAAUGGUGAUUCUUUGGAACCCACACAAUUCACUAGUUAUACAGCUGCUGCUGUAAGAAGCAUGCCUGAAAACCCAGAAAAUGGGGCCAGUAGGCCUAUUUCAGCUGAGUCUGGAGCUGCAUUCAAAUCUACAGGACCUCAGUAUGCUGAGAAAACCCCAAGCUGGGAGUCUUCUAAGCAACCAGCUGGAAGUGGAUGGAUUUCCAACAACAAUAAUACAACCUCUGGUGAGAAAGCUACAGCCGCACUUCUGCAAACCAAUGAAGAUACUUUGGUUCAGAGAGCAGAGCAUAUUCCAGCAGGCAAGCGGACUCCAAUGUGUGCUCAGUGCAAUCAAGUCAUCAGAGGGCCUUUCCUGGUAGCAUUGGGAAAAUCCUGGCACCCUGAAGAGUUCAACUGUGCUCACUGCAAAACUUCCAUGGCUUAUAUUGGUUUUGUGGAGGAGAAGGGAGCAUUUUACUGCGAGGGUUGCUAUGAGAAGUUCUUUGCCCCAGAAUGUGCCCGAUGCCAGAGGAAGAUACUUGGAGAAGUAAUAAAUGCUUUGAAACAAGCCUGGCAUGUCUCCUGCUUUGUGUGUGUGGCCUGUCACAAGCCCAUUCGCAACAAUAUUUUCCACUUGGAAGAUGGCGACCCUUACUGUGAGACAGAUUAUUAUGCAUUAUUUGGUUCCAUGUGCCAUGGAUGUGAGUUCCCUAUUGAAGCUGGGGACAGGUUUCUGGAAGCCUUGGGUCAUACUUGGCAUGAUACCUGUUUUGUGUGCUCAGUAUGCUGUGAGAGUUUGGAGGGCCAGACUUUCUUCUCCAAGAAGGAUAAGCCUCUAUGCAAGAAACAUGCUCACUCUGUGAACAUCUAAAACAUUAAAGGUUACUCCAACAAAUGGGAGGACAAGAAAAGAACAGGGCUGGGUGUUGGUUUUCAAGAUGUAUUUAUAUAAACUUUAAAUUUGUAGAAGCAAAGACAUGGGAAGAAAUAGGGUUUAAUGCCUUCACAUGAAAUAGAAAGGGGGAUAAUUAAUUAGCUUUGGUCUGAGAGCUUUUCGUUGUGUUUCAGUUGCGAAACUGAAAUUUUCAAUCCAGAAUUUAUUUUGGGGACGCCAGGUUGGAAAUAGCUGAGUUAAAGUAUAUAAUAAAAGAUUGAAGCUAGAUGUUUGUUUGUUAAUGAGAAUAAAUGUAAAAAAAAAGUGGACAUUACUGAUUGGUUUUUAUAAUCAACUAAUACUUUGCCUUAAUCCAAUACUUUGUUGCAAAUGCUGUAUUAUUAUUUAAAUACCGUAAGCGAUAACACAGCUUCUUGGAUACUGCUGAAAGUAAAGAGGAUGGGCCUGAUACCUAGCAAAUUUAGAAUUGGGUUUGUAGCUGCUUUGCAGGUAGGGACAAACAUGUUGGUUAAUUGAUCCGUUCAGGUAGAAUCCAGCUAUUUAUCAAACAAAUAUUUGUCAGUGAACUUGUUCUGACCUAGGCUUCCACCAGUAGCACAAAGCCGAGUCCUUGUCCCGAUAAACCCCUUUUAUUUAAUUUACAGUAAAUUUCUCUCCAGCAAAGUCUUUUGUCUCCCACAGC